AAGAGAACCCAAAUAUCUCGCUUUGUAAAGUUUAAACCCUCAAGACAAAAACCUAAGGAUGAUGGAUAAAGCAACUGCGUCGCCUUCUCUGCUUCUUUCUGUCUAAUGCGUAUCUCUCAAUUGCUGUCAAAUUGGCUUUCAAAGUUUGUGGGUUUUUCAUUCUGUAGCCGCCCCAGCCCCAAUGCUCCUCAAACCUUAUCGAACCAGCUCAGUUGACUGGAAGCCCUCUCCGGUGGUUGCCCUUGCGACCAGCGCCGACGACUCUCAGCUUGCAGCGGCUCGAGAGGACGGAUCGCUCGAGAUUUGGCUUGUCUCCCCUGGUUCUGUUGGCUGGCACCACCAGCUGACUAUUCACGGGGAUUCUACUUGCCGAGUAUCGUCUCUUGUGUGGUGUUGUGUUGGUUCAGAAGGCCUGUCUUCUGGCAGGUUGUUCUCCUCAAGUAUUGAUGGCUCGGUCUCAGAAUGGGAUCUUUUCAACUUGAAACAGAAGAUUGUGCUAGAGUCUAUUGGAGUUUCAAUCUGGCAGAUGGCUGUGGCACCCGUUAUUAAGCUACCAGCUCCUGAGGAGCCUAGUUGCUGGCAUUCUGGAAAUGGAUUUUUGAAUGAUAAAUAUGGAUAUAAUGUCAGUGAUGACGCAGAAAACUAUCAAAGUGAAGAUGCUUCAGAUUCGGAACAAGUUCAUCAGAAACUAGUUACAGAUGAUAGACGUGUGGCAAUUGCCUGUGAUGAUGGAGCUGUGCGGAUAUAUACUAUUUCUAAUUUGGAUAAAUUCAUAUACCAUAAAUCGUUGCCUCGGGUCAGUGGGCGUGCUCUAAGUGUGACAUGGAGCCAUGACUCAAAUAGGAUUUAUUCAGGGAGUAGUGAUGGGUUGAUUAGAUGCUGGAAUGUCGAUUUGGGUCGUGAAAUUUUCAGAAGUACUGUUGCCCUUGGAGGUUUGGGGAGUGGGCCUGAGCUUUGCAUAUGGUCAUUACUUUCUUUGAGGUGUGGGACUGUUGUUAGUGCAGACAGCACUGGCUCUGUUCAAUUCUGGAGUGGUGAUAAUGGAACUCUUCUCCAGGCACAUUCUAACCACAAAGGUGAUGUGAAUGCCUUGGCAGCAGCUCCAAGUCAAAACAGGGUUUUCUCUGCUGGGUCUGACGGGCAGGUAUGGAUCUGGCCUGGGCUUUGUGCUCUAGUGCUAGACAACAGAAACACCUCAGACCCUUUUAAGCGAGGUGCAUUUGGUCAGGUUAUUCUUUAUAAGCUUUGUACUGAGAAGCUGCAGUCUUAUAAUGACAAAUCUUCUUCGGAAAUGAUGAAGAAAUGGGUAUAUGUUGGUAAUGUAAGAGCUCAUACCCAUGAUGUCAGAGCCUUGACAAUGGCAGUGCCCAUCAGUUCAGAAGGUUCUUUAUCUGAUGAGGGAAGAGAUUUGCAAGAUGAAAAGGAGAGAAAGGUAAAAAAAAUUCGAUUUAAGGGGAAGAAGCUCCUUGAUUUCAGUUAUAGUAAAUUGGCCCGUUUCAGAGUUCCCAUGCUUGUCUCUGCUGGUGAUGAUGCGAAGCUCUUUGCGUACUCUGCUAAGGAGUUUACUAGGUUCUCCCCACAUGAUGUUUGCCCUGCACCUCAGAGAGUUCCAGUACAACUGGUUGUUAAUACAAGGUUCAGUCAAACUUCUUUUCUCCUAGUCCAGGCAUCAUCUUGGUUAGAUGUGCUCUGUGUUCGUGUUCCUGAUGUGGGUUCUGGCCCCUAUGGUGGCCUUGCAACCACUAAUUUAGUGGCUCGGGUUAAGAGUAAGUUGUCCCGAAAGAUCGUCUGCAGUGCAAUGUCUAACUCUGGUGAGCUUUUAGGUUAUUCUGACCAAAUCAGGCCCAGCCUAUUUGCACUGAGUAGGCAAGCUGGCGAAAGUACAUGGACCAUUAGUAAAAGGCAACUUCCUCAGGAUCUUCCAUCCGCGCAUUCUAUGGCUUUUACCUGUGAUGGGGUACGGUUGCUGAUAGCAGGGCAUGAUAGAAGGAUCUAUAUUGUAGAUUUGGAGGGCUUGGAACUACUGCACACCUUUAUACUUUGUCGUGGGGAGCAUGAUAAGGAAGGAUCACUUGGUGAUCCUCCAAUUACAAAAAUGUUCACGAGUUUUGAUAGCCAGUGGUUAGCUGCUAUCAACUGCUUUGGAGAUAUAUACAUAUUCAACCUGGAGAUACGAAGGCAACACUGGUUUAUAUCAAGGUUGAAUGGUGCCUCUGUUACUGCUGGUGGCUUUCCUCCUCAGGAUAACAACAUACUUAUUAUCACAACAUCAUCAAACCAGUUCUAUAUAUUUGAUGUGGAAGCUAGACAAUUGGGAGAAUGGUCAAUGCAGCAUUUAUUCACUCUUCCCAAAAGAUACCAAGAAUUUCCUGGGGAGGUUAUUGGGUUGUCUUUCUGCCCUUCUUCAUCUUCCCAUCCAACGAAAUCUUCAUCGCUGCUUGUUUAUAGUACCAGGGCAAUGUGUUCAAUUGACUUUGGGAAGCCAGUAGACGAAGAUGAUGAAAGUGAGUUGGUAAAUGGAGCUUUGUUGAAAUUUCAGGGUUCUCUCACCAAUAUGAAAUGGAAACAUUGGUUGAGGGAGAGUCGUCAAAGUAGAAAAAAUAAUUUUGAUUUAGUAGUUUUUCGGGACCCUGUUUUAUUUAUUGGGCACCUUUCAAAACAUUCCAUCUUGAUCAUAGACAAACCAUGGAUGGAAGUGGUUAAAUCAUUUGAUUCGGCACCACUUCAGAGACAUAUUUUUGGGACAUAGCUGCUUGUGGAACAAAGUUUGUUAAUGGCUAUGGGAGAAUUCAAAAGGGUACAGCAUUCCCUCCCCUGUUUUGGAGUCCCCACAAAUUUUAUUUCUAAAGGGACCCGGGGGGGCGGGUAGUUGGUUUUGUUGGGCUCAAAAGCAUGUUGUUCCGUCACAUAAUUAUAGACUGUUAUUUUAUUCCAGCCGGGCCGGCGCUAUUAGAAUGUUGUGUGUAUUACUGUACCGUUGUAGGGACGGAAUAGUUGUAGUGCUGAUCCUUAAUAUAUUUGACAGCUUUUCUCAAGCAAAGCUCAGAUUCUAUGGUGUUGCAAGGGUCACGUCAGUAAGAAGCUUCACUCGUUAUCUAUACUACGACAAUUUAGUCAUUAUGCGUGGUUUGUUUAAAUUAUAUUUUGGUCAUCAAAUUUCAAAAGUUACUACAGGACCGUCAGUGUUAAUAAUUUGUUAUGUUAUGGUCAUUGAGUUGUCAAUUUUCAAUGGGAAGCUGACAUGAUCGUUAACAA